GGUGGCCCAAGCCUAUGUGAACCAGCGCAAACUGGACCAUGAGGUGAAGACGCUGCAGACCCAGGCUGGCCAGUUUGCCAAGCAGACCUCGCAGUGGAUUAGCAUGGUGGAGAACUUUAACCAGGCGUUAAAGGAAAUCGGAGAUGUGGAGAACUGGGCUCGUAGUAUAGAGAUGGACAUGCGGACUAUCGCCACAGCGCUGGAAUACGUGCACAAGGGCCAGCUGCAGCCUGCCUCCUCCUGAGAGCAGUGACGAUGCAGUCCCAUUUCACCAGGGGGUUACACUGCCUUCAAUACGCACUUCAAUCGUUCCCGAUGGUUAGGAUGAAUCUGUAACCCUGCUACUCUGAUCUGGAGAUGUACUGAUUUUUAUUUUUUUUCUAAGAGGGAAAAAUUGUUAAUGUAAUAAAAAAUGGAGGUGGAACCAAUGUAGUAAAUGAACAAUGGAACAUUAUCAGCAA